CUGUGUGCCCUCCACCAUGGUCCACAAACAGCUCCCUGAAAUGGUGUUGCUGCUCUUGGCUUCUUCCACUAUCUUCUCUCUAGAACCGAAACUGAUUCCCUUCCAAUCAAGAAUGAACAGAGAAAGUUUACAACUACUGAAAUCUUUGCCAAGCUCGUCAGUCCAGCAGUGUCUAGCACACAGGAAGAAUUUUCUGCUUCCUCAGCAGCCUGUGAGUCCUCAGCAGUACCAAGAGGGACAGGCACUGGCUGUCCUGCAUGAGAUCCUUCAGCAGAUCUUCAUUCUCUUCCAGACACAUGGGUCUAAGGGCAUUUGGGAGGAAAACCAUAUAGAAAAAGUCCUAGCUGUACUUCACCGGCAGCUAGAAUACGUGGAGUCACUGGGUGGACUGAACGCAGCACAGAAGAGUGUGCAGAACCUUAGGUUACAGAUUAAAGCAUACUUCAGGAGGAUCCACGAUUACUUGGAAAACCAAAGGUACAGCAGCUGUGCCUGGAUCAUUGUCCAGAUAGAAAUCAACCGCUGUAUGUUCUUUGUGUUCAAGCUCACAACAUGGCUGAGCAGACAAGACAUAGACCCUUAAACACUGUGAAGCAAGAGCCAACAGUGGAUUUUGAAGACAUAGGUUGGUGGCAGAGUG